GAAGUAAACAACAAUGGCGAAAUAUUUAUACUUGAGGUUUCGCAUAGAUUUCUUUGAGUUACUUAAUCUAAUUUAUUAUAUAAUCUAAAAAGUAAACAGUAUAAUAACAAGUACUGCAUAAUUUCUCAUCGAUGUAAGAAUGUUUGUUAUUAUAAAAAAUAAUUAAGAAAUAACGAGAAAUAAUGUUCAUUUCAAUGCUAACGUAAUCGCGACUGCGCAAUCAACCAAAAUAGCAUAAUCCCUUGUGCGUAGGACGUUAUACUCCUACUGUGCGUUGUGUUAACCUCAACAACGACACGCACACGACACACAACACAAACAACACGUACGCACAUACGCACAUAUAUAUAUACAUUCAUAUACUCAUCCAGAAAAAGUGGUUGAGCUCCAGAGAGACAAUCUUAACGAGUUGCUUUAAAGAAUCUCAGGAAGAAAAAUUGUAGUAAACGUAGUGUUUGAUUCAUAGUCAAAUGACUAUGUGGGGUGCCUUUGAACAAAAAAGAAAAAAGAAUAUUUAGUUUUACGUGCCUUGUUUUUAUUUCUAUCUCAUUCUUUACUAUUCUAUCUUUCUCACUCAAUUUUAUACACAUCCCCUCUCAGUUGUUCUUUGUCAAUUUUUUUUCUCUCUCUCUCUCUCAUUUUCAUUCUCAUCCUCUCUCUUUCUCACUUUACUCUUGUGGUCUCUUACUUGCUCGUAUCUAAGAUUCGCACCAGUGACAUUUCAUUGUCAUACAUGUGACAAAUUAAAACUGUCGUUAAAAAUAAAUAAAAAGAAUGUCGAAACCUAGUGAUAGACAAAGUUACGCACAGACCUACAAACUCGUAGUUGUGGGUGGUGGUGGUGUUGGAAAAUCAGCUAUUACAAUCCAAUUCAUUCAAAGUUAUUUUGUAACCGACUAUGAUCCAACGAUUGAGGAUUCGUAUACCAAACAAUGUGUCAUCGAUGACGUUCCUGCAAAACUUGACAUAUUGGAUACUGCGGGACAAGAAGAAUUUAGUGCAAUGCGUGAACAGUACAUGAGAAGCGGAGAAGGUUUCUUGCUUGUAUUCGCAGUCACGGAUCAUUCAUCGUUUGAUGAAAUUUUAAAAUUUCAUAGACAAAUUCUUCGAGUGAAAGAUCGUGACGAGUUUCCUAUGCUUAUGGUUGGCAAUAAAGCUGACUUGGAUCACCAAAGAAUUAUAUCCGUUGAGGAAGCACAAAAUAUGGCACGUCAGUUGAAAAUUCCCUACAUUGAGUGUAGUGCUAAGUUAAGAAUGAACGUGGAUCAAGCCUUUCACGAAUUAGUUAAAAUUGUUCGUAAAUUUCAAUUGUCUGAAAGACCACCGCUUAAACCAAAUUAUAAGAAAAAUAAGAAGAAAUGUUGCAUGCUAUAAAUUUAUCUUAGCAGCGUUGCAACAUUCUUCCAACGCCGAAUACAAUCGGUGAAAUUUUAUGAGAAAAAUUAUCGAAACAUCGAUUAGUAAACAAUGCAAUGAAGGAUAUUGCGAUUAUUUUGAUAUUGACGAUUAUAUUACAU